AAAAACAGGUUUUGACAACAUUUUAAUGUCCUGUCUCCCUCCCCAUCACCAUCCUCAUUUAUACACCACCUAGGUUUCCUCUCUAUCCCCCUUCUCCAUAUAUUACAUACUCUCAGUCUCAUCCAUUUUCAUUCAUUAGCCUAACUAUAUUGCUUGUCAAAUUAUCUCUUCAUUGCUUCAAAACUACUUCAUCUCUCUCAUUUUCAUAUCACUUUCAUGUAGUACUUGAUUGACCUCAUUAACCUUUUACACCACCCCCACUUUGCUAUAUUCAAACUCAUAGCUUACUCCAACUAGUCCACAUGCUAUAAUAAUAAAGUCUCUAUUUUUAUUUUUUUAUCUUCAAGAUCUGAGAUAACCCAUUUGUAAUUUUCAUUUUCUGAUAUGGAUCUUGUAAGUAGAAGACACUUGAUCCAUUUUUCACAACAUGGGUCAUCACAAAUUUCACAAUCAAACACACAGGCUCUUUCUCCAAUAACAAGUUCAAGUUCAAGUUCAAUCUUUCAUCCUCAUAUGCAUCAUUCUAGCACAAGUUUUCCCAUCAUUGCAAUUGCUAUAAUAGGAAUAAUGGCUACAGCUAUCUUGCUUGUAAGCUACUACAUCUUUGUCAUCAAAUGUUGUCUCAAUUGGCACCGUAUUGAUCUUCUAAGACGUUUCUCUCCAUCUAGAAGGAGACAAGAUCCAACAACAAUAAACUCACAAGGUACAACAGAACCUCGUGGAUUAGAUGAAGCAUUGAUUCGGUUAAUCCCAGUGAUUCAAUACAAAACAGAGUUAGAAGGGAAUAAUGAUAGUAAUAGUGAAAAGGGUUUGUUCUGUGAAUGUGCUGUUUGCUUGAAUGAGUUUCAACAAGAUGAAAAACUUAGGAUUAUACCAAAUUGUAGCCAUGUUUUUCACAUUGAUUGCAUAGAUGUUUGGCUUCAAAACAAUGCUAAUUGUCCACUUUGUAGAACAAGCAUUUCAUUGACAAAAAGAUUCCAUUUUGAUCAAAUAUUUACACAAACACCUUCUUCAAAUCAAGAUCAAAAUUACCCAUCUAGGGAAAACAUCAAUAUUGGCGGUGAUGAAGAUUUUGUUGUGAUUGAAUUGAGUAACAAUAAUGAUACUUUGGAGUUACCAACACCAAGUUCUAUUAGUCCUUCACAAAGGAAGGUUUUAGAGCAUAGAAAUGUGGAAAAGAAAGCAAGGAAGUUGAAUAAAGUUACAAGCUUUGGAGAUGAAUGUAUUGAUGUUAGAACAAAAAAAGAUGAACAAUUUUCAGUUCAACCAAUUAGAAGGUCUUUUUCAAUGGAUUCAUCAAGGGAUAGACAAUUUUAUUUAGCAGUUCAAGAAGCUCUAAAGCAGCAAAAGAGGGAAGUCAAUGAAGUCAACUCUCUUGAAGGAUGCAGUGGUGGUAGUGGUAGAGCUAAAAAAUCAUUCUUUUCAUUUGGAUAUGGAAGUAGAUCCAGAAGUUCUGUUCAACCUGUUUAUUUGGACCCCUGAAAUUUCUACUCUUUUUGUUUUUCUCUUUAGUUUCAAUUAUGUUUGCAACUUGUAAGUUUCUUAGAUUUUUGUUUGUUGGUAAGAUGGAGAUAUUAGAGGUAUGAAUAGGUCAUCGUAGGAUUGUAUUGUAUGAGUAUGACACACAAUUAUUCAAUUUAAUUUAAUUUUAAUUUCGAAACCA